AUGUAUAAUCACUUGCAGCAGCAUGCUGACUCCACCGAAGGGCGCUUGUCAGAAGUUACUUCUAAUCUCCUAGUCGCAGACGAGCACCUGCAGGACGUUUGUAAAUUUGCGGAAGAUCAAGCGCGCCUGUUGGAAGAGAGUAACUCCCGAGUGCAAGGCUUACACAUGGAAUUGGAGAAUCUCACGAAAGAGUUGAUGCAGUGGAAAUCGAGCCGGGAUGGUAGUGUUUCAGGCUUAACGUUUAGGGAAAAAGCUCUCACAAGUGAACUCAAGGGCACGAAAGAUACUUUGGAUCAAAUGGGAUGUCAGCUGUCUGAUAUCACAAAGUCCUACCAAGAUACCGAUUCUCAACGGAAAUCUCUCUGUGCUCAGGUUACUGAUCUUCAAUCGGAAUUAAUUCUUGCGAAGGAAGAGCUUGUGAAUGCACAACGUCGAUACGGUGACCUGCAGGCGCAACAUCUCUUACCCAUGCCUUCCAGUGACGUCACACGAAAUCAGAUUGCAGAUCUCGAGAUGCGUGUACUUCGCCGAACGGAACAAAUCGGUAUCCAUCAACAUGACAUUCGCCGGCUGGAGACAAAUUUAAGGUUACAGGAUGAACGGGUUGCAGAGAUGGCUUCAGAGCUGGAGACUCUGGGAGCACAGAAAGACGCGAUGGUUGGAGAUUGCGCAGAGGCGAGAGAGGCAAGGGACGAGACGCUCAAGAAACUGGAAACCGCCGAACUUGACCUGGAAAGGAUGGAAGAACGAUUGAGGGUAGUUGAGGAGGAAGGACAAGGAGCUCUGGUAGCAACGAUUUCAGCAUUCGCAGCAACUGUUACACAGUCGAGGAUUACCAUCAGGAUUCUUCAACGUUCUGCUACCCAACACAUUCAAGCUAUCCUGCAGUCGGAGCGUAGGGUGGAUGAGCUAGAGAAGGCUACUGUGACUAUAUCUGACGAGUGGCACCAGCGCUACAAAGUCAUCGAGGCGGAUCUGGAAGAGGGCGUGUUAUUACGGCAUUCCCUGGUAAACUCCCUCAAAGCACGGGACGCGGAGUUGUUCCAAAUGACCAUUGCUUUGGCGGCCACACAUACCGGCUUGAGUGCCUUUAGACGUCAGAUACACGCCGACGUCAAGCCCCUUAUCGAGUGUGGCAUUUCACCUUCAGAAUGCCAACUUGAGUAUGCAAUGGAAAUGCUGAGCCGCUUGCAUGCAGAUGAUCCUGACGAGCUGCAGGCAGAACUCAAACAUUUAAAAGGAGAGCUCGACAACAUCAAAUCUCUACACGAUGAUGCGGAACUUCGUUGCCAGCAAACACGAGAAGAGGCAGUUUUGUCAUUGCAGGAGCUUGAAGUAAAGCAUGCCAAAAUUCAGACAGACCAAGGCCAGCAAUUGAAUCACUUAAAAGAGGAACUCUGUUCCGCAAGUGCAGUCCUAGAGACGGCUCAGCAGUCAUACGUUCGACUAGAUUGCCUUCAUCGUGGAACUGUGCAAAGGCUAGCCGAAGUCGAAGACGAUUAUAGUCGCAAGCUAGCACAUGCCAACGGCGAGGUAUUGAGCAAGGAUGAAGAUCACGAGCAUAUCGUUACUACGACUAAGCUAAAACUUUCACAGGAGAUAAAGCAGGCCAACGGACGUGUCGAUGAGAUGCUUUACGAGUUGCAACAAACACAAAAAAAGCUGCGAGAGGAAAGCAAUAUUCGGAUGCGAGACAGAGAAGCACAUGAGACCGAAAUGCAAGCUCAUAUCAUUGACACUCGUAAACAACUGGAUCGCGCUAAAUCAGAACUUUAUGUACUUCAAGCGGAGAAGCACUGUCUCCUGACCGAAAACACUUGCUUAAAGGCCGAGAUUCAGAAGUCACUUUCUUUGACCAGAUACCUGGAGGGACAAAUUAAAGAGAGUUAUGAAUUAAACUCUAGUCUGGAGGAAGCCCUUGAUAGAAUACACCUAGAGUUGGACCAGUCUGAAAAAACAUCAAAGGCAGCCGAGAUUAAUCUUGCUCUUCAAGCCGCCCAGCAUGAACCAGUCCUCUCAACCCUUCAUCGUGAACUUGCUGCUCUGAAGUUCAUACCUAAUCUUGAAGAGGUUGUCCAUGAAUUACGUGAGAAGAACCGCGAGAUGGAUGAGAUACUACGAAACAAGUGCAUAGAAAUUGAAGAGUAUGACGAUCGCAUCCUCGAAACACUGAAGGUGAAUAAAAAAUUAACCGCCAAAGUGGAAUCCAAGACACGGAAGAUACAAAACCUACAAAGCAAACUCGCCGCAAGUAAAACUUCUAUGGUAGAAAACUAUGCGAGUGACCCUAAAGAUAUUUUGACAAGCGAUCCUCAAUUGCACAGUGUUCCUUGCGCCUCUUCUCUUCCCGUGCAGCAGGCUAUCGCUCCCGCAUCCUUCAAAUCUGCUGCAGGCACCAUUUCUGCACCAACGGAUUUGGACCACCCCACUGCAUUCGCAGAGAGAAGGGUGGCUCAACUAGCUGUCUUUCAAACAAGGACUCCAGAGAAAUACACCGAUCUGAUGCAAUCAGGACCGUCAAUGAGCAAGAAGAGGCCAGCUCCAGAUGAUGAUGAACGGAAUGACGUUCCUCCAGAGGGUCAUUACCCCGAGAAGGAAACCAGACCAAAUCACUCCAACGCCAACGUACCCCGAUUGAGAAGAGCGUUACAUAUGAACCAAUCUGGCUUUACUCCAGUACGGAAUUCAGCUUCACGGUUGACCACCAGUAGUUCACCUGUUCGGAGAAUAACGACCACUAUCACGACUGCAAUGACCGGACCCCACUUCAUUUCAGACGUUACAAACAGCCCUCGAGCUGCUUCAGGACCAAUAGCGGAUGCAGCAAAGCCGUCUAAGAGGAGCUGGUUGGGAAAGAUCAGGGGAGUGCCUCUGGCUGCUCACUCAAUAAGUAGAGCAUCGUCUAGUCCCCAUGCAUUCGCUAGGAUGCCUGAAGCAUGA